UGGGGUCGAGUUUUAUUUUGCAGUGUUUUCUUUCUCCAUCCCGUCUAGCCGUGCCACGCCCCCUUCUCGAGUUCACAUUAAUCGCGUUCGCUUCGGAUUUUGCGGCAAAUACGAAGACGGCGCAUCACGAUUAGCCAUUGGUAGAAAGACAAAUGACGAGCACAAAACAGUAAUCAGUAAUCUCUCUGGUCGCCCAAUAAUUUAUUUUUGUGUACAUCCAGUCGCAUGCAUCUCGGUUGCUUCACCGCUUCGAGCUUGUGCGAGAUUAUGCGGGCGCCGAGUUCGUGAGGCAAUCCGUGGGUCAUCUCGCGCACAGUGGAGGCCAGCAGCUCUGAAAUAAUGCGUGAGGGAGGCCGCCGAGGUCGGCUGUGAGCGCGAGGAAUCUCGCCCAGCAUGUGACAAGCCCCCGAAUUCGAGUCCAACUUUUGAGAUUUUGUGCAAAAAUCUCGCAAUGGCCUACUCGGACGUCCAAGUUACUUUUGAGUUUGGACACCGGGCGGCCAUCAGGACCAAACUAACUCCUGAGGGAUACACUCACGAUUGGGAGGUGUUCGUGAGAGGAGCCGACGGUGCGGACAUCAGUCACUUUGUGGAAAAAGUGGUUUUCUACUUGCAUGAGACGUUUCCAAAGCCAAAGAGAGUCAUCAAGGAGCCCCCGUACAGCGUGAAGGAGUCUGGCUAUGCCGGCUUCAAUUUGCUCAUCGACAUCUACUUCAAGAACAAAGACGAACCCAAGAAAUUCAAGCACAAUUACGACUUGAACCUACAGUCGACCGGCCCAGCUAUUGUCAAAGCACUGAGGGAGAAAUACGUUUUCACCAAUCCUUCAGGGGACUUUCGCAAAAAGUUGCUCAAGGGUGGAGGGGUGAGUGAGAGUCUCAUUGGAAUCGACGCACCUGUUAAUGAUAAAGCAUUUGGAGAUGCCACUGGUAAAUCACAAAAGUCUUCAAGCUCAAGUCACUUAAAGCCACCACCAGAAGUAGCUAAGAAGCACAAAAAGGAGCCUGAGAUGAAACCCACUAGCCAAUUCUCGGAGCUCUUCGGCGACCCAAUUAAAAAGACAAAAGUGUCGCCAGAUCCCAAGAAGCACUUGGCAACACCCUCGACAUCAAAACCGUCAACAUCCUCGGGAGGAGGCAAAGGUCCUAUCGUAAAACCCGGCAGCAGCUCUGAGAAGACUUCUUUAAAUGAUAAGGUGAAAUCCGUCACUCCUAAGGAAGAAAAGAAGGAGGAUAAAAAACGUGAUAAGAGCAGCAGCAAAGAAAGUAGUGAUAAGAGAAUGGCCAAGCCAUCGAGUCCGUUGACCACUGUGAAGGUCAAAGAGGAGGUAAAAGUGAAAGAAGAGCCGGCGGAGAAGAAGAAAAAGGACAAGAAGUACAAGGACGAGAAAGAGACCAAGAUCAAGUACCCACUUGUCGAGAAGCCCUCCAGCGACAAGUUGGACAAACUUGUGAAGGACAAGGAAACAAAGAAGUCACCAAAGCCAACUAGCAGUCUUAGUUUACUUGAGGAGAAAAUGAGGCACAGGGAGCCGGAGAAGCAGCACAAGAGCAAACACAAGAAGAAAGACAAGGAGAAAAAGGAGAAGAAGUCUGAGGGCAAGGACAAAAAGCGCGAGCCGAAAGCGCGCGAUGAAGCCAAAUUCAAAGAGCCGGAACCACAUUCACCGAGUCCGCCAGCUCCCACGAAGGUGAAUAUUGACAAGCCUUCACCUUCAUCUCAAAGAGAAAAACCAGUCAAAAACCCUCUCUCAACCCUUUUUGCCCAGCUCUCUGAUGAAGACAACAGUGACUCAAACAACUCGAUGUCUGGCGACGAAGACAUGGAGUUCCCUAUGGCGAGGGUAAAAUCGGAGGAGCCUCCUCCGAAACGAGACACUGGACCAAAAAAGAGGGAAGUUGACAAGAAGAGCAAAAAGGACGAGGAGAAGAAGCGGAAGAGAAAAAGGAGCACCGACUCCGACGAGGAAGUCGAGCCCCCAGUCAGUAAGAAGGACUCUUCGUUGAACAGUCAGGACAUGCUGCCUCCUCCUCCACUUCCGAUCAACAACUCGAGGGACGAGUUUUCAGACAUCACACCAGAAUACGAGUCAGAACUUCGCGAACUGCAGCGGAAGAUCAUGAAUUUGGACGAUGAUCACGAGUUGCAGAGAUUGGUCAGUUUGAUCACGGAAACGGGCAAGUACGAAGUCACCAAGAAGACUUUUGAUUUUGACCUGUGUACGUUGGACAGAAGUACGGUUACAAGACUGCAGGACUUUUUUAGAGCGUUAUGAUGAACAAGUUGACGAAAUCUUCAGUGUGCUAGUGGCGAAGUUCAUUAUUUUUCUCGGUUUGCCGUUGUCAAAGACACCUGCACGGGGCACAAUUAUUUAUCUGAAGGUGCAAUAAUUUGUUCCAAUAGUGCCAAGUGGAGAAUCUGAUUUGAAAAUUAAAUUAUUCAUAUAUUAAAAUGAUUCGUUGCCCGCGCAGGUGUGCUUUGCGAUCGCAAGCGGCUCAUUUUAAUCUCCUAGAACACAAGCUCAGUGUUGUCUUGCCAUCCUGUGCCAUCUUAUGCUCCCCCCAUCGAUCUGUUAAUGCCGUAAUAUAGCAAUGCAUGGAGAACAUUCAUUUUAAUUUGUAAAGAAUUUUGUUAAGUUUGAGUGGAGAGACCUGGUGCUCAUCCAGUCUCUGUGUAAUUUGUUUGCUAUUUAAAAUUGGUGUCAUCGUAGAUGUUUAGGUCACAGAAAAGGCCACGUUGUGCGCAGAUGAGAUGAUUAAGAUCUUGGAAUGAUUGAAUUUAAAUUUACGGUUGUGAUCAAUCAUGUAGCUGUGGGUUUGAGGUUUGCAUAUUUGGGUGCAUUUGAUAAACACUGUAAAUAACUAUAUCACACAAAUCUGUACAUUUCAUGAGAUGUGCGAAGAUAUCUUUGAAUUUAUUUUUUGUCGACAUCAUCGUAGCUCCCAAACAAAUGCAAAAAAGAGCCAUAUCAGUAUUAGGUGAAAAUAUCCUCUCUUCACAGUGCUAAAGUCAAACAAAGAAAUGUAGUUGACAUGAUUAAAGUAAGUGAUUCUGUGUGAGUGUGCAUACAGUCAUUAGCUUGAUACUCCUGAAACUAUUUUUAUAUUUCUUCUGAUGUUCAAAAUCGACCGUAUCAAUAUGAAAAUCAUCAUUUUUUACCUCAAAACUUAGCAGCCGGCAUUGUAGGGUGAGCGAGCUGUUUUUUUUUUUUUUACAUCUGGAUUUUUACAAGACUUAUGUUUUUUCUUGUAAGUUACAAAAAAUAUUUUCUUCUGAUAAAAGCGUCAUUUUAACUUAAUUUUAAUCGACAAUAUACUUCAAAACACAUAUUGUGUGUUGAAUUAUUUAAAUUUGAGUGUGAUUUUUUUUAUUUCAUGAUUUUUGUUGUUGAAAAAUUGACUUUUCAAAAUAUUUUACAUGUCUUGAAUAAAAUUUGUACACAAUAUACUGUAGAUUGUACUUGCUGAAAUAUGAAUUUCAAGAAAAAAUCUACCAUUAUUAUAAAAUAAAGAGCGGUAUUUAAAAU